UUUUUUUUUCUUGUUCAAAAAUGCCACCAAACAAUGAUUUGAAUAUCGUUAAUCCAAAUGAAGAUUUGGAUAUACCAUCAUGGAUCAGUGUGGAUUAUUUUAAAGAUAUUGUGGCCAAAGAUGAGCCAGAAUUAGUGAAAAUUAGAAAUUUUACUCCAACCGCAGCCAUACCGCCGGGUGAAAACUUCACAUCGGUUAUGUUACGUUUGCACUUCGAUUUGGAAAUGACAGAUGGCUCCAUCAAACACAAAACCUAUAUCUUCAAAACAAUGUUGGACGAGGAGAAAGGUGGCAAGGUUAUCAAAGACAUGGCUCUGUUCCCCAAAGAAAUGGAAAUGUAUAGCACGUAUUUGCCAGCAUUUGAACAGCUUUACAAAGAUGUUGGUUGGGAUAUUCAAUUUGCACCGAAAUGUUUGCUUACCGAGAAAAAGGACAAUCGCAUCAAUUUCCUCUUUGAAGAUUUAUCUUUGAAGCAUUACAAAAACUUAAAUCGCCUCGAAGGCUGUGAUAUGGAGCAUAUGAUCUGUGUUUUACGAAAAUUGGCUGAAUUCCAUGCUGCCAGUGCUGUGUAUGAGGAGCGAAAUGGUCCCUAUGGAGAAGAUUUCCAAUAUGGUUUUGUGGAUACACGUCAUGGUCCCGGGUUUCUUAAACUGGUCUAUGACAAUAAUACGCCUCCCUAUAAAAAGGCAAUGGCCCAAUGGGGUAUGGGGAAUGCCGAGGAGUAUAUAAAGAAGUUUCCCACAUAUGACCAAUUCUGGAAAUGCGCCCUAGCCACCCUUAAGCAGAAAAACAACACCUUCAAUGUCCUUAAUCAUGGUGAUUUUUGGUCCAGCAACAUCAUGUUUUCCUAUACGGAAAAUAAGAAAAUCCAUGAGGCAUUAAUGGUCGAUUUUCAGCUCUGCAAAUGGGGUAGUCCUGCUGAGGAUUUGCUAUUCUUCAUAACCAUAUCUGCGGCACCGAAUAUUCGCCUCAAAGAAUUUGAUCAUUUUGUGGCCAUCUACCACAAACGUUUGAUCGAGUGUCUCAAGCAACUGGGUUACAAAAAGCCAUUGCCUUCCCUGAGGCAAUUGCAGCAGGAUAUGUAUGAUAGAAAUAAUACAUUCUAUGCUUUCUUUGCCUGCAUCAAUCAUAUUCCGGUUGUUCUACUGCCCUCCGAUAAAGAUGCCAACAUAGAAAAUUAUUCCCGUCCCGAUGAGGUGGGCGAGAGAUUGCGAAUGAAAACCUAUACCAAUCCACGUUUUGUUGCUACCAUAAAGGAUGUGUACAAGUUCUUUGUUCAACGGGGUCUCUUCAAUUUUGAGGAUUAUGACCGAGAUUAUGGCUCCAUCAAACCAAAAACCUAUAUUUUCAAAACCAUGUUGGAUGAAGAGAAGGGCGGUGCCAUUAUCAACAAAUUAUCCUUGUUUCCCAAAGAAAUGGAAAUGUAUGGCAAAUAUUUGCCAGCCUUUGAGGAACUCUAUAAAGCUGUCGGUUGGAAUAUUCAGUUAUCACCGAAAUGUCUAUUUACCGAGAAAAAGGACAAUCUUAUAAAUUUCCUCUUUGAAGAUUUAAAGACACGGGAGUUUAAAAAUAUCAAUCGUCUACAAGGCUGUGAUAUGCAUCAUAUGACCCAUAUUUUGAGAAAAUUAGCUGAAUUUCAUGCCGCAAGUGCGGUAUACGAAGAACUGCAUGGGGCGUAUCCAGAAGAUUUCCAAUACGGUUUUGUAGAUAAUCGUCAUGGCGAUGCUUUUAUCAGGGAAUCAUUUCUUACAAAAGCGGAAUCAUAUAAAGAGGCCAUGGCUAAUUGGGAUCUGGAGAAUGUUGAGGAAUAUAUAAGGAAAUUUCCCACCUGUGACCAGUAUCAAAAAUGUGCUGCAGCCACCCUACAACAAUCCACAAAUUCCUUCAAUGUCCUCUGCCAUGGUGAUUUUUGGUCUAGCAAUAUCAUGUUCAACUACUUGCCCAAUGGCGAAAUCAAUGAAACCAUGCCCCUAGAUUUCCAGAUUUGUAAAUGGGGUAGCCCUGCAGAAGAUCUACUGUUUUUCAUAACCAUAUCACCAAGUGCUGAGAUACGCGUUAAAGAAUUUGAUAACUUUUUGGCCAUUUAUCAUAAGCGAUUGGUGGAAUGUCUCAAGGUUUUGGGCUACAAGAAACCACUACCCACAUUGCGUGAUAUACAUUGUGAUAUGUUUAAUAAAAAUAAUAGUUUUUAUGCUUUCUUUGCCUGCUUCAAUCACCUGCCCGGCAUAAUGCUGCCCAGCGAUAAGGAUUCAAAUAUCCAUACAUUUUCACGCAACGAUGCCAUUGGUGAAGAAUUCCGACGUCGUGCCUAUGCAAAUCCAUUGUUGGUUUCAGUUUUGAAACAGCUCUUCCCAUUCUAUCACAAUAAAGGCAUAUUUAAUUUUGAAGACUACGAUGAGAAUUUUUUUUUGGAAUUAAAAUUCUACAAAUCCACUAUGCCCGAUAACAGUUCGAAAUUCAAUCCCAAUCUAAAUGUGGAUAUCCCCAAAUGGGUGAACGAGGCCUACUUCUAUCCAAUUCUCAAAAAUGAUUUACCCAAUUUUGUGAAAAUCCUAAAUUUUACCACCAUCCCGGCCACACCACCCGGCGAAAACUACACCUCGCUGAUGAUGAGAAUCAAAAUGGAUAUCGAAAUGGAAGAUGGCUUCACACAACAGCAAUCGUACAUUAUGAAGACGAUGUUGGAUGACAAGAAGGGCGGCACAUUCAUCAACACCCUGAACCUCUUUCCCAAAGAACGACUGAUGUAUGAGGCGAUUUUGCCACAGCUGGAGGGACUCUAUGAAGAAUUCGGCAGCAAGGUGAAGUUUGCCCCAAAAUGUCACUUUAUCGAGGAUAAAUCGGGGAGAAUAACACUGGUGCUUGAAGAUUUGCUAACGAAAAAGUUCAAAAACGUAAAUCGCCUGAAGGGAUUCGAUAUGGCUCAUAUGAAGAGGGUCUUGGAAAAAUUGGCAGAAUUCCAUGCAGCAUCUGUGAUUUUAAGAGAAAAACUUGGAACCUUCCCAAAGGAAUUUAAAAACACCUAUCUGCCAGCCAACUAUCAAAAAUCCAAAUCAUAUCAGGCCCGUUUGAAUAGUUACAAGGCAGCCAUGGCCACAUGGGGUCUGGAGGAUUAUGAGAAAUAUGCCAAAAUGAUUCCAAAUGCCGAUCAAUAUGUCAGUGCCACAAUGCAGUGCUUCAGCAACACAUAUCCGGAUGAAUUCAAGGUCCUUAAUCAUGGCGACUUUUGGUCCAGCAACAUAAUGUUAAGUUACACUUCGAAAAAUGGCCACAACGAUAUCAAUCAGAUACGUUUUGUUGAUUUCCAAAUGUGUAAAUGGGGCAGUCCGGCCAUGGAUCUGUGGGAGCUAAUCAUAUGCUCGGUGGAGAGUAAUCUGCGUAUACGUAACUUUGACAUAUUUUUGAGGUUAUAUCACAAUCAUUUGUUGAAGUGUUUGAAAUUUCUGAAAUAUGAGAAACCCAUGCCUCUGCUAAGCGACCUGCACAUCAGCAUGUUGAGAUAUGGCUUUUGGGGUUAUUUCACCACCUUUACACAUCUGGUGUUAAUUUUAUUGCCUUCGGAUAAGGAAGCAAGUUUGCUGCGCUUGAUGCAGCCUGGCGAAGAGGGUGAUAAGUUUCGUAUGAAGGCUUUCACAAAUCCCUUGUAUGUUCGGGCAGUGCUGGAUAUAUUGCCGUUUUUAUAUCGGAGAGGUAUUUUAGAAUUUCAAUAAAAAAUCAUUCAAAUUAAAUUGAA